ACAUUUAAGUUUCUGUUAUCAACGAUGUGAAUGGUAUAUUUGCUAUACUUAUAUCUGAAAAGAUAUGUUUGUUGUAUACUUCAGUGUGCACAUGUAAUGGCUAUGGCAGUUCAGAAAAUAUUCCCAAAUUCCAAGGUUACAAUUGGUCCUUGGAUAGACAAUGGAUUCUAUUAUGACUUUGACAUGGAGCCUUUAACUGAUAGGGAUUUGAAGAGAAUAAAAAUGGAAAUGGAUCGGAUCAUUAAGCGCAAUCUACCUUUACUGAAAGAAGAUGUUUCCAGAGAAGAAGCUAAAAACAGAAUAUCAGCAAUCAAUGAGCCUUACAAACUGGAGAUCCUGGAAAGCAUCAAGCAAGAUUCUAUUACUAUUUAUCAUAUAG